UUGCUCUGUUCUUGCCUUCUCUAGGUCGUCACGUCGACGACGUAUAGGUGCAGUUCGACCGGUUCGUUCCCUUCUAUGCGGCGACCAUCGGCGGCGACAAGACUCCAGUAGUUGUGAGUAGUUAGUGCCAGCGGCUGCCAUGUCGGGGAUCUCGCUGGCGGUGGCGCCGCAGUCCGACCCGGACCACGGGUCGGAGAGGCAGCCCGCGGCGGCGACGCUGGGCGGCGUCAUGGGGUCGCUCCGCGUGAUCGAGCUCCAGCUGGUGGCCUUCAUCAUGGUCUUCUCCGCCUCCGGCCUCGUCCCGAUCAUCGACCUCGCCUUCCCCGUCGCCACCACGCUCUACCUCCUCGCCGUCUCCCGCCUCGCCUUCCCGCCGCUCCACACGAAGCUCGACGCCGCCAACUCCCCCGCCGCCUCCCAAGAAAUCUUCCGCGGCAGCAAGUUGUUCCAGGCGUACGUGUUGGUGGGCACGACGGUGGGUCUGUUCCUGCCGCUGGCGCACGUGCUGGGCGGGUUCGCGCGCGGCGACGAUGCGGCGGUGCGGUCGGCGACGCCGCACCUGUUCCUGCUCUCGUGCCAGAUCCUCACGGAGAACGUCGUCGGCUCGCUGGGCGCCUUCUCCCCGCCCGUCAGGGCGCUGGUGCCGCUGCUCUACACCGUGCGCCGCGUCUUCGUCCUCGUCGACUGGGUGUACGACGUCUGGGCCAACAAGCUCGUCACCCGCAGCUCCGCCAUGCAGGAGGCGGCAUGGGUGUGGUUCGGGAGGUACCUGGCCGUGGCCAACCUGCUCUACUUCUCCGCCAAUCUCUUGGUCUUCCUCAUCCCCAAGUUCCUGCCCCGCGCCUUCGAGAAGUACUUCCGCAUGCGCGACGAGGCGUACGCCAAGACGGUCGAGGAUAAGCACCUGUCCUCCGGGAAGGCGCCGGCGCCGGAGCCAGAACAGCAGGUUGGCGAUGAUGCCGUGGCCGUGGCGGCGAAGUCGGUGGAGUCCAAGAAGGCGGACUGAGAGGCCCGUGGCUUGUAAUUUCUCUUCGUUUUCUUUCAGAUGACAUGGGAUCUGGACCUUCGGUUUUCAGAUCGUUUAAUCGUACGGUUGCGGCUUGGUGCUUUGGUUAGUUGCGUCCGUAGC